AUGGAUAACGACCAACAAUUUACUCCAUUGCGUACGCUGGGUCCGCCACUGAUAUUCAGCUAUAGCGCGUUCCAGAAGCCUCUCCUAGCCUAUUCUAGAGCUCAAUUCUCUACAUCAGCAUCUAAUCUAUUUACUAUUACAUCACGCCGAAACAUGUCUGAAGCAAUCAAAAUGGAGGCCAAGGCAAGCAACGAGAACUUUAAGCUAGAUAACCUCUUUAAUGUUAAGGGGAAAGUUGCCCUUAUCACAGGAGGAGGAUCGGGCAUUGGUCUGAUGGCCACUCAAGCUCUGGCGGUCAACGGAGCCAAGGUCUACAUCACAGGCCGAACCGGCGAGAAGCUCGACCGCGUUGCAGAACUAUACAACAAGAAUAUUCAGGGCCAGAUCAUCCCUAUCACAUCUGACAUCACGGAUAAGAGCUCGGUAGACAAGCUGGUGCAAGAGAUCUCUUCGCGCGAAAAGUACCUAUCCAUAUUGAUUAACAACGCCGGCAUCAGCAGCUCGACCCAGACGACCGAGAAGGAGGAUCCUCAGGAGCUGCGUAAGGAGUUGUUCGAGAGCAGUGCGCUUGACCCCAAGGAAUGGGAUGAUGUGUACCGCACGAAUGUCACGCAUCUCUUUAUGACUACUACUGCAUUUUUGCCGUUGCUUCAGAAGGGCUCCGAGCAGGAGAAGGGCUGGUCCAGCACUGUGGUUAAUAUCUCGUCGAUUUCGGGUAUUGUCAAAGUGUCCCAGCAUCAUUUCGCUUAUAAUGCGUCGAAGGCUGCUGCUAUCCACUUGACUAAGAUGCUGGCGCAUGAGGUUGCUUCUUCUGGUCUGCGGAUUCGCGUUAAUAACAUCGCCCCGGGUGUUUUCCCCAGUGAGAUGACGGCUGGUGAGAGUGAUGAGAAGCAGAAGAGCGAAAUCCCUAAAGAGAAGUACGAGGGUAAGGUUCCUGUUGCUCGCCCUGGUAAGGAUGAGGACAUGGCCAAUGCUGUGCUCUUCUCUACCACCAACCAGUACCUCAAUGGACAGACCAUUGUGGUAGAUGGAGGAUAUGUGUUGGCGGCUGGAACCGUCUAG